AUGCUCGUCCUGCUGAACAAUACAAACGACUCCACAACAUUGUCAAGACGUCCUGCAUCUACGAUAAUGGCUCCCAACCCCUUGUGCCUCGUGUGGCGCGAGCAGAUCAUAGAUAAUCUUCGCCUGAUAUCAGGCCGCAGUGCUCUGAUCGAUAUUUAUACCUCUCGCCAGCCUAAUAAGUCAUACACCAUCUACGCCGUCAAGGUUCACCGGGGUAAACGCCAGGAAGUUCUCUCGGCAACAGGUCGCGAUCUCGAGGAUGCCUUUGAGAACCUCCACACGAAAUCCUCUCAGGAGGUUUAUGAGUUCAUCGAAGCCAACGGCUUUGCCUUCCCCCCGAGCGUGAGGUCAGAAGACUCUGGAAGCUCCGGCAGUGAGGCCUCCACCAUGGACGCCUCCGAUGUGAUCUCCCUCUCCGCCGUCUCCUCGGACAGUGACGACGACGACAUCAUAUCCAGGAGGGGCAAAAAGACAAAGUGCUCUCGCCGUAACCCCAAGCGCAAGUCUCGCAAGCCCACCAAGAACGAGUCCGCGUCCUCUUCUGAAGAAGAUGACAUUGACUCGCAACCAGAACAUACCACGAGGACGCGCCGCCCUGCCCCUGGGCCACGCCCGUCGUACAUCCCCGCGCCCCCAAUGGCCACCGUAUCUCAACCUCCCCCUCCGCCUCCAGGCUGGACAGGCCACCGUGCACGAAUGUUCCCUCGCGCACCUGCCAGCGGACCACCGCCGCCCCCACUCCCCAGCUGCCCACCAGGCAUGCGUCCCUCACCACCACAACCACCACAAGGUAUGGCUCCCAUGGCAGUGACCACUGCCGUCGUCCCAGCCAUUCCCACGGUGCCCUCUAAGCCCGUCCGCCUCAUCAUCAGCUGGAGGGGCCACGGCGAGAAAAAGAUUAUCGAGAACUGCCAACCGAGCCACCGAGCCCUGCAGAGAACGGCGCUCUCGCACGUACGGUCUCAGUGGCAGACGUUUGACAACGUGUUAGCCCACGAGGUGACGCCAGGCAGCCUUUGGGGGCUGGGUGCCAAGGUUCGAAAGGUGGCACUGGGCAAGGACAUGUACGCCAUCUCGGGCGCCGGCGGGGACCACUUGGGUAUGUACUUCAAGGCGGAAGAUAUACCCAAGUUUGAGGUUGAGGUUUAUCCCGACGGAAUCACUAUGCCGCCUCCGCCGCCGCCUCAGCAUCAGCAAGGUCAGCGGGUGAGCUCUUGA